AUGGACACCAAUAUCCAGCGCGCUCUCAACGACAAGCUCUACGAUAAACGCAAGGCUGGAGCUCUCGAACUCGAGAGAAUUAUCCGUGAGGCUACUACGGACGGCAACUCGGAAAAGGUGCUGUGUAUUAUCGAACAGCUCUGCAAUGAUUACGCAUAUGCUGUUAAUCAGCCCCAUGCUAGGAAUGGAGGUCUCAUCGGUCUGGCCGCUGCUGCUAUCGCACUUGGACCUGUAAACUCUUCCCCCCUCCUGUUCAUCUUUUUUCAACUCACAACCCGGCGGCUGACCCCUUGCUUUUUGCAGGAUCUGCCCAAAUAUCUGUCAAGGAUAGUUCCUCCCGUACUGGCGUGCUUCACGGACCAGGAUGCCAGGGUGCGGUACUAUGCAUGCGAGGCCAUGUACAACAUCGCCAAGGUUGGGAAAGGCGAGAUACUCAUAUAUUUUAACAGCAUAUUUGAUCAGUUGUGCAAGCUUGCUGCGGACUCGGAGCUGUCCGUCAAGAACGGGGCUGAGCUCUUGGACCGCCUCGUCAAGGAUAUUGUAUCUGAAUCGGCGGCUUCCUACGUCUCGGUCAUGGAACUGCCAUCGGAUUAUGAGGGAGACGACAAGGCCAGCCUCUUUGAUGACCCGGCCAUCACACUGCCAACGGCCUUUUCCCUCCCCAGGUUCAUCCCCCUGCUGAGGGAGCGUAUAUGCGUUAUCAACCCCUUCACCCGAAACUUUCUUGUCGGCUGGCUCACCCUUCUCGACUCUAUCCCCGACUUGGAGCUCGUCACCUACCUCCCCGACUUCCUUGGCGGCCUCCUCAAAUUCUUGGGGGACCAGACCGCUGAUGUGCGCGCCUCCACACAGACUUGCCUUGACAAGUUUCUCAGCGAGAUCAAGCGUAUAUCGCGCGUCAAGAAGGGCAUACUCGACUCUAAGAAGCAGAGGGAUGGCGGCAAGCGUAAGCGACAGGACUCUGCUGACAGUGGCAGUGGUCGUGCUCCCCUGGAAGAGGGUGACGAGCUCGACUCCGAUGCCAUACUUGAUGACGACCCCGAUGAUCUCGACGAGGACUGGAUACCAGGUCAGGAUGUCGAGAUUAACUACAAGGAAAUCCUGGAGAUUCUAACAUCCACGCUUGACUCACCCUUGGAAGAGGACUGCUUGCUUGAAUCUCUACGGUGGAUUGUCGAGUUCCUCGAAAUCUGCCCCGAGGAGGUCCUUCCCUCCACUCCUAAGAUCCUGUCACACAUGCUGCCCGCCAUGGCCAGCCCAAACGAGACGAUUCAUCUCGCUGCAACGCGCGUAAACGGCUGUCUGAUGGACUAUGUAGUCUCGCUGUCGGACGAACCAAGCACCAAGGCUCCGGCAAAUAUCCAUGGACUCGCUCAGGCGACGGCCUCUCGUCCCGAUGUCACAGGCAGCGGCAGGACGUCUCUGAAGAGCAUGUCCGAGCCCGAGGUCACCCGUAGGUCCUCUGAAGUUCAGCAUGGCCGCUCGGCUUCCACCGCGACUGCCGGUGCAGUCGGUGCAGCCACCACCGUCACCACCACCCCGAAGUCGCAAUCCGGCCUGGACUACGGGGCCGCCGUGAGCUCGUUGACUCUCCUCUUCCUCAACGAUCAUGAGGCCACACGCGUCGCCGCCAUGACUUGGCUCAUCAUGCUGCACCGCAAGGCGCCCCAGAAGGUGCUGGCCUACGGCGACGGCAUCUUCCCGGCCCUGCUCAAGACUCUAUCCGACCCCUCGGACACUGUCGUCACCAAGGACCUCCAGCUGCUGUCGCAGAUUGCCCGCACGAGCGAGGAGGCCUACUUCAACACCUUCAUGGUUAACCUCCUGUCGCUAUUUUCGACCGACCGCAAGCUUCUCGAGACCAGGGGCAACCUCAUAAUCCGCCAACUGUCUCUCAACCUCAGCCCCGAGCGCAUAUACCGCACAAUGGCCGAGUGUAUAGAGAGGGAGGAGGACCUCGAGUUUGCCUCCAUCAUGGUCCAGAACCUCAACAAUAACCUCAUCACUGCGCCUCAGCUGGCCGACAUGCGCAAGCGUCUGCGCAACCUAGAUAGCAGGGCAAGAGACGGACUAACACAUCCGUUCUCGUAUCUAAAGGACGGCCAGACACUCUUCGUCACCUUGUUCCGUUCGUGGUGCUACAACGCCGUGGCUACCUUUUCACUGUGUCUGCUUGCCCAGGCUUACGAACAGGCAUACCAUUUGCUACAAAUCUUCGGGGAGCUGGAUAUGACGGUCAAUCUACUAAUUCAAGUCGACAAGCUGGUUCAGCUGAUUGAAUCGCCCGUCUUCACCUGUAAGGCCCUCCUGCCACACCUCCGACUACAGCUGCUGGAGCCGGAGAAAUACCCGUACCUGUAUAAGUGCAUGUACGGUAUUCUCAUGCUCCUCCCUCAAUCAUCUGCCUUUGCUGCCCUGAAGAACCGCCUAAACAGCGUCAGCUCUAUAGGAUAUCUACACAUGGCUCCGAAGAGUACGAGCAUGACUUCAAGCACCUCCAGCUAUGACAGGCCAAACAGGCUAAAGAGUCGUGAUGAUAACGCCAUCCGUUGGGUCGAUCUGCUGGAGAAGUUCCGUAGCGUCCAGGAGAGGGCAAGGAGGGCCCAAAACCAGGAUGCCGAGGGGGACACCAUCCCGCCGCUGGGGGUCAGCGAGCUCCGGAUAGGAGACGGUGCGCUGGACGGUAGGGACAAGGAUGGAAGAGGAUACGGUGCUAAUACACCCGUCUUGGCGCCCAAGGAGGCAGCACCGACGCCGGCACCGGCGCCAAAGAGGUCGGGGCUUGGAAGGCAAUUCGGGCGAUUGGGUGGUGCUGUCUCUGGGAAGAACCGUCGCUAG